AUGGGUGACGAAAAACCAUCACAUUUUUUACAAAGAUUAAGAAAUUUAGCUGGAAAUAACGUACCAGAUUCAAUUCUAAAAACCGUUUUUCUAGAACAAAUACCCACAUCGUUACAUGAUAUCCUGAUGGCCAGCGACAGCAAUGAUUUGGCAAGACUGGCAGCCCUAGCUGAUAAAAUAACAGAAUUCAAAUCUUCUCAAGUUUCAGCUAUGAGCCAAAGAAAUGCAACUUUUGAAACCAAUAACGUCCAGGAUAAUAAUAUGGCAACAGGAACUCGACUGAAGAAUCACAGAGCUAACCAGACAAAUGACAGCAUUGAAGAUGGAAAGGCUCCAACGAGAACAUCAACCUUGGAGAAGACGUUCAAGACCUUGCAACAGACGUCCUACAGCUCGACAACAAUCACCAGCUGCAGGAAUACCGGCCUAUGUUACUACCAUCGUCGAUUCGGACAACAGGCUUGCAGAUGCACAACGCCUUGUCCAUGGAGAUCUACACCCAGCGAAAGAAAUACAGUCACUGCCACGCCGACGGAAAACUAA